GCCUUCAAAACUGACUCAAUUAUAUUUCCAAGUCUUCCCCUACACAGAACGAAAGAGCCAACACUUGGAAACUUCUUUCCCCAUUAGUCCAAAUUUUGAACAGCUCUAGUACUAUUCAUGACAUGAGAGAAGAAGAUUUUCAGAUCUAAAGCUUAAACACUAAGUAAAUCGCCAUGGCAGCUAUGGUGUCCUCUGUACAAAUACAAUCAAACCUAUGGGAUGGAGUGAUGGAACUGACCAAGUCGGCUCAGCAGAAAGGCACCGACCCUUUGAUGUGGGCCAUCCAACUUUCUUCCAACCUUAACUCUGCUGGACUCUCCAUGCCUUCCACCGACGUCGCCAACCUUCUCGUUUCUCAUAUCUGUUGGGCUAAUAACGUUCCUAUUGCUUGGAAGUUUCUAGAGAAAGCUUUGACCCUUCGUGUUGUCCCUCCUAUGUUCGUUCUCGCUCUUCUUUCCACCAGAGUGAUCCCUGCUCGAAGGAGCUAUCCAGUGGCGUACAGGCUCUAUAUGGAACUUCUAAAAAGAUAUGCAUUCUCAUUGGCAUCUCUGAUUAAUGGUCCAAAUUAUCAAAAGAUCAUGGAAGCAAUAAAUGAUACAUUACAUCUUUACCAGAUAUUUGGACUUCAAGGAUCUGAAAGUGGUCUAAUUAUGGUUGAAUUUGUUUUUGCUAUUGUAUGGGAGUUACUUGAUGCGUCCCUUGAUGAUGAGGGAGUGAUGGAACUGACUGCUGAAAAGAAGUCCAGGUGGCCUAUUACAUCUCAAGACAUGGAAUUGAAUAAUCAUGAUGCUUUUGCUGGGGGAAGAGCAGAAAAGCAUGAAGGAUUAUGUAAAAUGAACACAGUUAUGGCUAUUGAAAUAAUUGGUGAAUUUUUUCGAGAUAAAGUGACUUCUGCGAUCCUUUAUUUGGCACGCAAGAACAUGCCCGAACAUUGGGAAUCUUUUACCCAGAAUUUAAGACUUCUCGUGUCAAACUCAUCAGCUUUAAGAAACUCUAAGAAUAUUUCUCCGGAGGCUUUGCUGCAGUUAACAUCCAAUAAUCAUGUAGUCCUCUCUAGAAAGCGCAAAACAAGCUCACAGAAAAAGUUUCAUGCUGUAGUGGCGUCUGGUUCGCUUGCAUCUUCUGCAGAUCAGUGUCAUGGUGCUAGUCCAUCAGUGCUGUGGCUUCCCAUCGAUCUCUUUCUAGAGGACACCAUCGACGGGUCACAAGUAGCAGCUACAAGUGCUGCUGAAACACUCACCGGUCUAGUGAAGGCUCUGCAAGCAGUUAACUCUACAACCUGGCAGGACACUUUUCUUGGAUUAUGGAUUGCGGCCCUAAGGCUAGUUAAUAGAGUAAGAAUUCAUGAUGAGUCCCUUCCAUCCAUUGUUAAGUUGUCUUAUCUUAGCUUUCUUUCCUUCCUUUAUUUCCCUUUGGGCAAAAUUAUAGGGAAACAUGUUACCAGUCUCCAAAAAAAACAACAAGACUUGCUAUCUAGCCUUCAGCAACUUGUCGAUUAUGAAGGCUUGUUGACCCCACCAUUGCCUGCUGCUCCAUUGGCGAAUCAAGCUGCCGCAAAAGCAAUGAUAUUCCUUUCAGGUUUACGUGUUGGGAGUGGCUAUUUUGAGGGAAUGAGCUUAAAUGACAUGCCUGUCAAUUGCGCUGGAAACCUGCGGCACUUGAUUGUGGAAGCUUGCAUUGCCAGAAGCAUUUUGGACACGUCUGCUUAUUUGUGGCCCGGAUAUGUAAAAGGUAGAUGUGAUCAAGUGCCUCGUAGUGUCUCGGCCCAAAUGCCUGGCUGGUCAUCAUUGAUGAAGGGGUCUCCCUUAACUCCUCCAAUGGUCAGUUCUUUGGUAUCAACGCCAGCAUCAAGUUUAGCAGAAAUAGAGAAAAUAUAUGACAUUGCCGUCAAUGGCUCGGAUGAUGACAAGAUUUCUGCUGCUACUAUUCUCUGUGGUGCCUCUCUUGCUCGUGGUUGGAAUAUACAGGAACAUACUGUUUUGUUCAUCACCAGGUUGCUUUCGCCUCCUGUUCCUGCUAAUUAUUCUGGAACUGAAAGCCAUUUGAUUGGCUAUGCUCGAUUCCUGAAUGUUCUUCUCAUUGGAGUGUCAUCUAUUGAUUGUGUUCAGAUUUUUUCUCUGCAUGGAUUGGUUCCACAGCUUGCUGGUGCAUUGAUGCCAAUUUGUGAGGCCUUUGGUUCGUGUGCACCCAAUGUGACAUGGAUUGUAAUGUCUGAAGAAAUUUCUUCACAUGACAUCUUCUCGAACGCAUUUACUCUUCUGCUGAAGUUGUGGAGGUUUGAUCAGCCGCCUCGUGAGAAUGUUAUGGAUGUUGUUCCAGUGGGAUCCCGUCUAACUCCUGAAUACCUUUUGCUGGUGCGCAACUCCCAGUUGGCAUCCUCUGAUGAUCUGCAGAAAGAUCAAAGCAAAAUCAAGCGGCUGUCUAGACUUUCAAGUCCAUUAUCUGGAGAACCCAUAUUUAUGGAUUCUUUUCCAAAAUUAAAACUGUGGUACAGGCAACAUCAAGCAUGCAUUGGUUCACCUCUCUCAGGUCUUCUCCCUGGAACUCCUGUUCACCAGAUUGUUGAAGCACUGCUGAACUUCAUGUUCAGAAAGAUAAAUAGAACUGGUCAGUCUCUGGCACCAACUACUUCUGGAAGCAGUAGCUCAUCCGGGCCUGGAAAUGAAGAUGUAUUUCUCCACCUUAAGCUGCCUGCAUGGGAUAUUCUGGAAGCUGUUCCUUUUGUGCUUGAUGCUGCUCUCACUGCAUGUGCUCAUGGUAGAUUGUCACCACGUGAACUAGCCACAGGUCUUAAGGAUCUGGCAGACUUUCUCCCAGCGUCUUUGGCAACCAUCGUAAGCUACUUUUCAGCUGAAGUGACACGGGGUAUCUGGAAGCUUGCUUCUAUGAAUGGAACUGACUGGCCAAGCCCAGCUGCAAAUUUAGCAACAGUGGAGCAACAGAUAAAGAAAAUUUUAGCUGCAACAGGUGUGAAUGUCCCAAGUCUCACUGUAGGUGGAAAUUCUCCAGCUACCCUUCCUUUGCCCCUGGCUGCCCUUGUGAGCCUCACCAUUACAUACAAACUUGAUAGAUCAACUGACCGCUUUCUGAACCUGAUAAGCCCAGCCUUGAGUAACUUGGCUACAGCUUGUCCUUGGCCCUGCAUGCCUGUCAUGGUUGCACUAUGGGCCCAAAAAGUGAAGCGGUGGAGUGACUUUCUUGUUUUCUCUGCAUCCCGGACCGUGUUCCACCACAAUAGCGAUGCAGUGGUUCAACUGCUUAGAAUGUGCUUUGCAGCUACACUAGGUCUAACUACAUCUUGUAUCGCAAGCAACGGCGGGGUAGGUGCACUUCUUGGUCAUGGUUUUGGCUCUCAUUUUUCUGGUGGCAUCUCCCCUGUUGCCCCUGGUAUACUCUACUUGCGCAUCCAUAGAGCUGUCCGAAAUGCCAUGUUUAUGACCGAGGAAGUCGUCUCCCUUUUGAUGCAUUUUGUCAGAGAUAUCGCAAGUAGUGGAUUACCUGCUGAGAAAUUGGAGAAACUAAAGAAAAGUAAAUAUGGUAUGAGGUAUGGUCAGGUUUCUCUUGCUGCAGCAAUGACUCGUGUUAAGCUUGCAGCUUCACUGGGUGCUUCAUUAGUUUGGAUCACAGGUGGUGUAGCUUUGGUUCAAUCAUUGAUUAAAGAAACCUUGCCAUCUUGGUUCAUAUCAGCACAUGGGUCGGAGCCCAGUGGUGGGAUGUCAGGAGGGCUAGUUGCAAUGCUGGGGGGUUAUGCCCUCGCUUACUUUGCAGUGCUCUCUGGAACAUUUGCAUGGGGAGUGGAUUCAUCAUCACCUGCAUCCCAGCAUCGAUCAAGUAUUCUUGGGGCACACUUGGAGUUCCUUGCCAGUGCCCUAGAUGGGAAAAUAUCCCUCGGUUGCAACAAAGCUACCUGGAAGGCUUAUGUUUCAGGGUUCGUCAGCUUGAUGGUGGGAUCCACACCAGGCUGGAUGCUAGAGGUGGAUGUAGAUGUUCUGAAGAGGCUAAGUAUGGGUUUGAAACAGUGGAAUGAGGAGGAAUUAGCAUUGGCUCUUUUGGGUAGUAGUGGUAUUGGCGCAAUGGGCACGGCUGCGGAAAUGAUUAUAGAAGGUGGUUUCAACUUUGUUAGAUGAGUUGGGGUUCAGUUAAUGUUACUCCUACAAUAGUUUGUACUCAAGCGAGAGACUUGCCUGUACCAUUGCCUCUCAGAUCAUCAGAGGAGCUUUAGCUUUUGUACAAGUUUUGAUUUUGUACAUAUACCAUGUAGAUGAGCAUAGAAACCAAAUUAUUGAAACCUCUUGCUCAUAUGAGUAGGAAUUCUUUUUUUUUUGAACUUUGCUAUUUUACUGGUGUUCCUUCCCUAGCUGUAGUACUAGUGUUAUCCUUGUGUUCCUUAUGUUUAGUAGCACUAGUGUUAUCUUACCCGAGGUUCUCCUUGCUUCGUUUUAUUACUAUUUUGUUUGUUGUA